AAGUUUGAGAGAAAGAAGCCACAGUUUCCUGUCCCACAAUGCUGCUUUUCGUGUUGGUCUUGUCUCUUGUGGCUCAAGCCUGCUCGCCAUCUCCAACUACCCAACAACCAAACAAAAAAACUGAUCAACAUCUCAAAAGCAUAUUCAUCCUGGCCGGACAGAGUAACAUGGCGGGUCGAGGUGGCGUGGUUAACAACACCACCACAGGCAUCGCCACCUGGGACGGUGUCGUGCCGCCAGAGUGCCGCCCCAACCCAUCAGUCUUCCGGCUCAAUGUGAAUCUCACGUGGGUUAAAGCAAGCGAGCCUCUCCAUGCCGACAUUGAUGUGGAGAAGACCAUUGGGAUUGGACCCGGCAUGGCGUUUGCCAAAGCGGUAUUGGCCAAUCACUCUAGUACCGGUGGUCGGAUUGGGUUAGUCCCCUGUGCGAUCGGCGGUACUAACAUAACCGAGUGGAGACGUGGCUCCUUUCUGUACAACCAGAUGAUCAGGAGGGCCAAGGCUUCGUUGCAGAAUAGUGGUUCGAUCAGAGCACUUCUGUGGUAUCAGGGCGAGAGCGAUACAGCUAGUAGAGAAGACGCUCUGUCUUAUAAAAACAGAUUGGAAACUUUUUUUGGGGAUGUACGUUUGGAUCUGGAAUCUCCUGAUCUCCCAAUAAUCCAGGUGGCUCUAGCAUCUGGGUAUGAAGCAACACUGAUAGAGAUAGUUAGAGAAGCCCAGCUGGGAGUCGACCUUCUAAACGUGAGAACCGUCGACGCCAAAGGCCUGCCACUGGAGCCUGAUGGCGUACACCUCACUGCCCCUGCCCAGGUUGAACUUGGGAAAAUGUUGGCUGAUGCUUAUCUUCAGUUCCUGCCCAGCGCCAUAAGUAAUGCUCCUGCAACAUACCCUAAUUAUGUUUUCCAAUUUGUACUUUAUUUGCUACUGAAAUUUCUCACCACGAGCUAGCUAACUUGUUACUUCAUUCGUAGUGUUUACAAAUUGAAAUGUUUGUAUUUAUUAGGGUUUUGGCCAGGCUACUAUCCUAUGAUUGACUUUGUACUAUGAUAAACAGGGGCGGAGCUACAUGGAGGCUAGAAUGUGUUAGGACCCAUUUUGGAAUUUCACCCAUUCAGACGUGUUGUUUCCUGGUUUAUUCAAUAAAGAGUAUAUGGUCCAUUGGUGGAGUGGAGUUUAAUGUUUCCAGCAAGCCAUGAGUUUGAGACUUGUUUAUGCAGACAAUUUUCUGAUUCUUAUACCAUCAAGCUUUAUAACUA